UAUGUUGACAGCAAAUUUAUAUGUUCUCAUGGUGGCACAAUUGGAACUUCUUAAGCAAGAUUUUCGAGAGUUGGCCACAUCUGUUAAAGAAAGUGGCAGUGAACAAAAAUAUUCAUCGCCUCAAGUGAUUAAAUACACAGAAGCAGUUUUACAAACAGAAGUUAAUUUCGAAACUCUUAUUUCUAUUGACAAAAAAAAGGAAACACUUGAAAUUAAUGAUUUUUCUGAUAAUUCUGAAAAAUUAGACAAAAUAUUGAAUGAUAGGGUUAUUAUGUGUACACUACGUUAUCAAGCAAUUGUAAAAUUUGUAAAUGAUGUGACAGAAUUAUUUCAAAUUGGAGUUGUGGCACAAGUUUGCGCCAGUAGCAUUAUUAUUUGUGCAACAAGCUACGAAAUGACAUCUAUUUCACCGACCUCUUUACAAUUCUACGUCAUUUUACAGUAUCAGAUGUGCAUGUUAUUUCAAAUUUUCAUCUACUUGUACCGAGGGAAUGAUAUAACAUUAAAGACUACCGAGAUGAAGGAUGCAGUGUACGAUUGUGCGUGGAUUUCAAUUCCAAACUCAAAAUUCAGAAGAUCUCUUUGCAUCAUCAUGUCACAAUUACAAGUGCCAAUAAAAUUAAACGUUGGUAAAUUCUUCGUUCUAUCAAUUGAUACAUUCUUCGGCAUUAUAAAACUCGCCUAUUCUUUCUUUGUUCUUCUAAAACAAGUGAAUGACAGAAAAAGUGGAAGUUAAAAAAAAUGUGAAUUUUGAUAACAAUUUUUACCGCAUA